AUGCAACACACACACACACACACACACACAUAUAUAUAUAUAUAUAUAUACACACACAUACAGUACAUUAUAUUGUAUAUACACAUACAUGACUAUACUUUUAUAUAUGUAUAUAUACCCUACCUGAACCUACUGGAAGUCUUUUUCAAGCACCCGGGCGAGCAAAAACCUGCCCAGGUCACACCCUGCUGCCGCGCCCAGGCGGCCUGGGAUCGGUUGCUCGAUGGGGGAGGCUGCGGUGGUGCCGGGCCGACCGAGCAGGAGUGCAAUGCAGCUAUGCAUCAAUGCCGUCAGUGCCAGACGGCCGUCUCAUAUUAUGCUCUCAACAGAACUGCAGCCAGCAAUGUGUCGGUGGAUGUAUCCUCAACACGGGUUGAGUGCGAACUGCCUCCCUGGAAUCCCAACCAUUGCGCCAGAUCUGUAAAGGGUUUCGGCAUCGGAGUGCUGAUUGCAACCGGCAUCUCUCUGCUGAUCGUGGCAAGUGUCGGUGGCAUCGCCUUUGAUUGGCGACUGCUGCCCGCAAUCGUCUCCCGAGAGCGCAGGAAGCUACUGGUGGAGGCCAUCGCAGUUCAAGACAAGGUCCAGACAGAAGUGGACACGGCAAAUCCUUCUGCGCCAUUGCCACCGCGGCCUGUGCCCCCUGCACCGCCCACGCCGACAGCGCGGCCUCCGGCGCAAAACUUCGCCGACUCCGAGGCUUUAAGAUUGGCGGCCGCGGAGAUGGAGGUGGCAGAGAGCCCAACGGUGUUGGAUGACGACCUCGACGCCCCGCGAGGUAGCGAGGUGCUGGCAUCUCCUUGCGAUGGCGCUCCUGCAAUGCCGUGGAGUCCGCCUGCACCAGCCUCUGCAUCACCUUCUCCACCGGCCGAGCCGACGGCUGAAGCAUCCGCUGCCAGGCAAGCUGGACGGCGUCCACGCCACUACGCGUCGGCAUACGCGCUGCACAAGGCCUUCAUGUUGAUCGCCUGCAUCGCAAUGGUGCUGCGAGUGUCCUACAUCGUGGCGCGCGUGGUGCUUGUGGUAGGGCUACGAUUAGCGUACGAGUGCCUGCCCGAGUUGCUUCUUUGCAUCUUGCCUUUCGUCUGGGUAGCUUGCACUUCUCGACGGCCGAAAUCUUCCACAGCAGCUGUUCCUAUGAGCGUCGCAUACUGGGGCCCUUGGCUCAAUGUUCCGCGCUUCACCACCUACGCUGUGUGCACCAUCUGCACCGAGAUUUACAGCACCUUGAUGGCUGCAUUGGCUGUAGCUCAGCUGCCCUGCAAUGCUUCGCCUCUGGCGGGAGUUCUGCUUUACUGUGUGGGUCUUUUUGUGGCUGUGGCACGGGCCUACUGUGCCGUGCUCGCUCUUCGGCUACAGGACGACCUUAAUGUAUCAAUAAAUACUGUAAUGGUGUAUGGACUGCCAUCUUAG